AUCUGAAGCACGAGGAAAGGGAAGUUGGCUAUCUGCCAGGCCCCCACCUACCAUUAGGGUAUAAAAGGACCAUGGAAGAAAGAGAGACUCAAACCUCACCCGCAUCUACCUCUCUCAGCUUAACUGCCCUUCUAGUCCCAUCCCAGCACCAUGUCUUACUCCUGCUGCCGCUCCAGCUUGAGCUGCCACUCCAGCUGUGCCUCCCGGCCUUGCGUGCCCCCCAGCUGCCAUGGCUGCACCCUGCCCGGGGCCUGCAACAUUCCCGCCAAUGUGGGCAGCUGCAGCUGGCUCUGCGAGGGCUCCUUCAACGGCAACGAGAAGGAGACCAUGCAGUUCCUGAACGACCGCCUGGCCAGCUACCUGGAGAAGGUGCGCCAGCUGGAGCGGGAUAACGCCGAGCUGGAGGGCCGCAUCCAGGAGUACUGCCAGCAGCAGGUGCCCUACGUGUGCCCCAACUACCAGUCCUACUUCCGCACCAUCGAGGAGCUGCAGCAGAAGAUCCUGUGUGCCAAGUCUGAGAACAGCAGGCUGGUGGUGCAGAUCGACAAUGCCAAGCUGGCCUCUGAUGACUUCAGGACCAAGUACCAGACAGAGCACUCCCUGCGCCAGCUGGUGGAGUCAGACAUCAACAGCCUGCGCAGGAUCCUGGAUGAGCUGACCCUGUGCAAGUCUGACCUGGAGGCCCAGGUGGAGUCCCUGAGGGAGGAGCUGCUGUGUCUCAAGAAGAACCACGAGGAGGAGGUCAACACCCUGCGUUCUCAGAUUGGAGACCGCCUCAAUGUGGAGGUGGACUCCGCGCCCACCGUGGACCUGAACAGCGUGCUCAACGAGACCAGGAGCCAGUACGAAGCCCUGGUGGAGAACAACCGCAGGGAUGUGGAGGAGUGGUUCAACACCCAGACCGAGGAGCUGAACAAGCAGGUGGUGUCGAGCUCCGAGCAGCUGCAGACGUGCCAGGCGGAGAUCAUCGAGCUGAGACGCACGGUCAACGCCCUGGAGAUCGAGCUGCAGGCCCAGCACAACCUGAGGAACUCCCUGGAGAACACUCUGACUGAGACCGAGAGCCGCUACAGCUCCCAGCUGUCCCAGAUGCAGUGCAUGAUCACCAACGUGGAGUCCCAGCUGUCUGAGAUCAGGAGUGACCUGGAGCGGCAGAACCAGGAGUACCAGGUGCUGCUGGAUGUGCGUGCCCGGCUGGAGAGUGAGAUCAACACCUACCGGAGCCUGCUGGAGAGCGAGGAUUGCAACCUUCCCAGCAACCCCUGUGCCACCACCAAUGCCAGCGGCAUCUCCUGCGGACCCUGUGGCAGCUCCUGUGGGCCCUGUGUCAGCGCCCCACGGAGUUGCUGCUAA